AUGGCGGCAGAGGCUCCCGCGAGCAGUGAUGGCGCGCGCAAGGGGGCAGGACGGAAGCGGGGAGGGUCGGGAGAGGCGGAGACGCACGAGAAGCGCAUGAAGAAGUUCUCGCGAGGGUCGGGCGUGGACACGAAGGGCAUCGAGGACAAGAAGCUGCGCGGCCAGCUGAAGUACAAGGAGAGGGUGUAUCGCGAGGCGGCCCACCAAGCCGCCAAGGUGGAGCAGUGGCUGUUGCCGUCCGACGCCGGCUCCCUCGAGGCCGAGGGCGUUGAGCGCACGUACCAGUUCAAACAGCGCGACAUCGUCCCGGAGGUGGGCGCGGGAGCCGCGAAACUCGCCCUGGACAUCUCGCUCCCGCAGCUGGGCCCCUACCGCUGCGCGUUCACGCGGGAUGGGACCACGAUGGUGCUCGGGGGGCGGAAGGGCCACCUGGCGUCGAUGCGGUGGAAGGAGGGCAGGUUGAACACCGAGGUGCAGGUGCGGGAGACGGUGCGGGACGUGGUGGUGCUGCACAACGACCAGUUCUUCGCGGCCGCGCAGAAGCGCUUCACAUACAUAUACGACAAGCGCGGGAUCGAGAUCCACCGCCUCGACGACCACACGGACGUCGCGCGCCUCGAGUUCCUGCCCCACCACUUCCUGCUGUGCUCCGUGGGCAAGGCGGGCGUGCUCGCGUACCAGGACACGUCCACGGGGCGCGUCGUGGCGCACCACCGCACGCGCCGCGGCCCGUGCGCGGCGAUGCGGCAGAACCCGUGGAACGCGGUGGUGUGCCUGGGGCACUCCAACGGCACGGUGACCAUGUGGACGCCCAACCUGACGACGCCCGCGGUGUCGAUGCUGUGCCACCGCGGCCCCGUGCGCGACGUCGCGGUCGACGGCUCGGGCCGGUACAUGGUCACGGCGGGCGCGGACUCGCUGGUGAAGGUGUGGGACGUGCGAACGUACCGGGAGGUGCACUCGUACUUCAGCCACGCGCCGGUGGACUGCGUGGACGUGUCGCAGCGCGGAAUGCUCGCGAUCGGGUGGGGGCGGAAGGUCCAGGUGUGGCGGGACGCGCUGGCGACGAAAGCAAAGGCGCCCUACAUGGUGCACGAGCUGCCGGCGGGGGGGCUGAGCGGGCUGCGGUUCUGCCCGUACGAGGACGUGCUCGCGUGCGGGCACGGCGGGGGGCUGUCGACGAUGCUCGUGCCGGGCGCGGGGGAGCCGAACUUCGACAGUUGGGUGGCGGACCCGUUCCAGGGGAGGAAGGCGCGGCAGGAGAUGGAGGUGCGGCAGCUGCUGGACAAGCUGCAGCCGGAGAUGAUCGUGCUGGACCCGGGAUCGGUUGGGCGCGUGCGGAAGGAGCCGGCGGAGGUGCAGAGGGAGCGGGCGGAGGCGGCGCGGCGGGCGAACGCGGACAAGGCGGCGGCGCAGCGGGAGAAGAACGAGGCGCGGACGAAGAUGAAGGGGAAGAACAAGCCGACGCGCAAGCAUCGGAAGAAGCAGGACAACGUCAUCCGCGAGCGCAAGGACGAGAUCAAGGGGAAGAUGCGGCAGCAGGGCGUCGCCGCGGAGCGCGCGACCUCCCGCGCCGGCCAAGCCCCGCCGCCCGAAGACGUCCCCCGCGCCCUCGCCCGGCUCUACCAGCGCUGA